AUGGGGUCUAUAGUGGUGACCACAUUGUCUGUCUUCUUGGGCAUGUUCUUCGUGUUCAUGGGAUCAAUAAAACUGAAUCAACAAAUCAAUCGUGAGAUGCAUCGCGAGAUCCGAAGACAGUUUGUCCAGUACUCCAAAGUGGUUCCAAUGGCCGCCACUCUUGGCCUCAAAGUGUCGCCCAAAUUAUACCGACUCUUCAUCGGAUGGCUGGAACUGAUCGCUGGACUGUCGAUGGCCUUUAUUCCCGGGCGCAUCAAACUGGUGGCCAAUGUCUUACUUCUUGGCGUCACUAUUGGUGGCAUUUAUACUCAUUUCAUGAUUGGAGACAAAUUCGAGAGUAAGUGUUGA